UCCUCUUCAGUGCAUAGACCGGCCGCUCUUGUCGUCUUCGCUCGCCACCUCCCAAUUGCCGCCCGCAACUCCCCCCGUCGCCGGAAUCUGCCGUCCUUUCGCUUUCACCCUCCAUUUCCUAAUCCCCCAACCACCGCGUCUCUCUCUCCUUCGUCAUGCCGUGCGCAGAGUUCCACUCGCCACUCCCGCUUGUCUCUCCUCCCCCACCUCCCCUUCCGCCGCCGCCGCGAUGCUGCCGUCCUCUCCCGCUCCCCGGUUCCUCCUGCUCGUAGCCGUGAUCGCUUGCGCCGCGUCGGUGACCAGGUGCUCGGGUCGGCGGUUCGCGCAGCUCGACCGCCUCCGCGAGCUCCACCAGAGGGAGCGCCGGCCUCCCGCCGAGCAGGUGUACGCCGCGGAAGGGCUCCUCGCGCGCCUCCUCCCCUCCCACUCCACCAGCUUCGAAUUCCGGGUCAUCUCCACGGAACAAUGUGGCGGAAAGGCAUGUUUCAUCAUUAACAACCAUCCAUUGUUUGAUGGAGAAGGAACUCCCGAAAUACUCAUACUUGGAGUAAGUGGGGUAGAAAUUUCUGCUGGCCUUCAUUGGUAUUUGAAGCAUUAUUGUGCAGCACAUAUAUCAUGGGCUAAAACUGGUGGUGCACAAUUAUCAUCUGUUCCACAUCCUGGGUCACUACCUCAUGUUCCUGCUGGUGGCAUUUUGAUCCGGAGACCUGUCGACUGGAGCUACUACCAGAAUGCAGUUACGUCCAGUUAUUCAUUUGCUUGGUGGGAUUGGGAGCGCUGGGAGAACGAGAUUGACUGGAUGGCUCUUCAAGGAAUCAAUUUGCCUCUAGCUUUCACUGGGCAAGAGGCUAUAUGGCAGAAGGUUUUUCAGAGGUACAACAUUAGCAAAUCUAAUUUGGAUGAUUUCUUUGGCGGGCCAGCCUUUCUUGCAUGGUCCCGGAUGGCCAACAUGCAUGGAUGGGGUGGGCCUCUCCCUCAGACUUGGCUUGAUGACCAAUUAACUCUUCAGAAGAAAAUCCUUUCUAGGAUGUAUGCCUUUGGCAUGUCCCCAGUUCUUCCAGCCUUUUCUGGCAGCAUCCCUGCUGCACUGAAGUCAAAAUUUCCCUCAGCUAAAGUCACCCACCUUGGAAACUGGUUUACAGUUGACAGCAACCCACGGUGGUGUUGCACAUAUCUUCUAGAUGCAUCUGAUCCCUUAUUUGUAGAAAUUGGGAAGUUAUUCAUAGAAGAACAAAUCAGAGAAUAUGGUAGGACAAGUCAUGUAUACAACUGUGAUACUUUUGAUGAGAACACCCCUCCAUUGAGUGAUCCAAACUAUAUAUCUUCUUUGGGUGCUGCAACGUUCAGGGGAAUGCAAAGUGGUGACGAUGAUGCUAUUUGGUUAAUGCAGGGAUGGUUGUUUACUUACGAUCCUUUCUGGGAACCCCCACAAAUGAAGGCACUAUUGCAUUCUGUUCCAGUUGGCCGGAUGAUUGUUCUCGACCUAUAUGCUGAAGUGAAGCCAGUAUGGAUAAAUUCUGACCAGUUCUAUGGUGUUCCCUACAUCUGGUGCAUGCUUCAUAAUUUUGCUGCAGAUUUUGAAAUGUAUGGUGUUUUGGAUGCUGUUGCUUCUGGGCCUAUUGAUGCUCGACUAAGUGAAAAUUCCACAAUGGUUGGAGUUGGCAUGUCUAUGGAAGGUAUCGAGCAAAAUCCUAUUGUUUAUGACCUUAUGUCAGAAAUGGUUUUUCAUCACAGACAAGUGGAUCUUCAGGUAUGGGUUGAGACAUAUCCAACAAGAAGGUAUGGUAAAUCAAUUGUGGAGUUGCAAGAUGCUUGGCGAAUUUUGCACCAAACUCUGUAUAAUUGUACAGAUGGUAAAAAUGACAAAAACCGGGAUGUGAUAGUAGCAUUCCCAGAUGUUGAACCUUUUGUUAUUCAAACACCAGGAUUGCAUACGAGCGCUAGCAAAAUGUUUUCUACAAUGUCAGCAAAGAGUUACUUAGUGAAGGAUGAAUCCAAUGAUGCAUAUGAACAACCACAUCUAUGGUAUGAUACCAAUGUCGUUAUACGUGCCCUACAGCUCUUUCUUCAAUACGGAGAUGAAGUAUCUGACAGCAGCACCUUCAGGUAUGACCUUGUGGAUUUAACUCGUCAAGCUCUGGCUAAAUAUGCCAACCAGAUCUUUGCAAAGAUCAUUCAAAGUUAUAAAUCAAACAACAUGAACCAAGUGACUACCCUGUCUGAGUGCUUCCUCGACCUUGUUAAUGACCUUGACAUGCUGCUAGCCUCUCAUGAGGGAUUUCUGCUUGGCCCUUGGUUGGAAAGUGCCAAGGGCCUUGCACGAGACCAAGAACAAGAAAUACAGUAUGAAUGGAAUGCUAGAACGCAAAUUACAAUGUGGUUUGACAACACCGAAACAAAAGCAAGUUUGCUACGGGAUUACGCAAACAAGUACUGGAGCGGCUUGCUGGGUGACUACUAUGGACCAAGGGCUGCCAUCUACUUCAAGUAUUUAAUUCUGAGCUUGGAGAAGAAGGAACCGUUUGCGCUGGAAGAAUGGAGGAGGGAAUGGAUUAGCCUCACCAACAACUGGCAGAGCGAUAGGAAAGUCUUCGCGACCGCAGCAACUGGUGAUGCUCUAAACAUCGCCCGUUCUCUGUACAUGAAGUACCUGCGCAAUGCUGAUUCACUUCAGCUAGAAGACAUGGAUGGCUCCUUCGGAAAGUCCACGAGCUUAUAAGCUACUGGGGUAUGAAUAAUGUUUGGAAGACCAUCUUAGCUGUUUGAGCUUGAGAGGCCAAGGUGGAGUACGCACGCAUGGAUGUUUGAUUCAGUGAUCUUUUUCACUCUGUAAUCUGACUGCAUGCUUAAACAUACCGUUAGUUCGUGUUUGGGUUGGCUGGGCUGUAAUGUUGUGUGCCCAUUCCGCUCAACCUCAGGUGUGCUCGCUGUACAAUACUGGCCAACUUAUAUUUCUGAAUGAAUUUGUAGAACUUGAAUUGGUGUCAGAGAUGAAAACAGAUAAAUAUC